AGGAGAAAUCCAAAUGUGUCGACAGUUAAUGGUAGCGCAUCAGCUAGGAAUCUGAGAAAGGCUGACCUUGGAGCAGUAAUUUUUGGAUGCAAGCAUUUCACAUAUAAGGAAUGCAUGUUCAAACAGUCGUUUGGUUUACCAGCUCCGCAUUUCUCAGAUGUGAAGAAUAUCAACAUUGGUUUAACUCUAUUCCUAUUCAACUAUAGUGAUCGAAAGCUCCAUGGCAUCUUUGAGGCUACUAGCCCUGGGCAGCUGAAUAUCAACCCGUAUGGGUGGACUUCUGAUGGAGACGAAAGUACACCAUACGAAGCACAGGUAAGGAUCCGAGUGCGAAGGUUGUGUCGUUCCUUGACUGAAGAUCAGUUUGCCUCAAUCAUUGGCGAGAACUAUUAUGCACCAUUGUUGUUUUGGUUUGAGCUGGAUCGAAGCCAAACCAAAAGAUUGGUUGACUUGUUUUCGUCUUUGCCAGCCCUCGACUAUGCUAUUAUUAACCUGCAAAAUCCAUCUAAGUGGAAUAAUCCUUUCAAAAGUCUACCACCGACGGGGCCAAUAGAUGCAGUUGAUAAAACAAAAGACUGGAAUCCAGAAGAAAGAUCAGAUCACUUGGAUCAUGCUGGUUGGGCAGAUGCUUCGAGAUUGGCGAGUACUGAUACCACUGGGAAGCUAAAUUAUGGCAAAUCACAUGUCUCUGUGCUAGGAAGCACUAGUGCAUCAGUAAUUGAACCCAAGGCCAAUUCACAGAAGUUGUGGAGUUCAUUGUUCAAAUCUUCAGCUUCUGAUAUGGAUAAGACAGAUUCAACUUCUGACAUGGGCAAGACAGAUCCAAUGCUGAAUUCAUCUUCAAGUCCUAGUUCAUCACUCCCAGAUAAACAUAGAAUGGAUUGGGAAUCAUGCCUUGGAUCUUCUGUUGACAAAGAUGGGCAUGUCUAUCAGGCUUGGGACUUAGUGGAACAUGAAGAACCUGUUGAAUCAACAUCAAGCUUUGUCUAUUUUUCAAUGCAGAAUGAGUCAAUCUCCCUCAGUGAGGAGAGCAAGUUGUUCGAAAGGCAAUACACGGGACAGGAGAGUGAACAUUCUGAAGUCACUGUUUCUGAAUUGAAUCUUCAGCAGGUCAAUGAACUGAAAACUGAAUGGGAGUCAUCCUAUGGAGAAAGUCAGCAUGCAGAAUCCUCCAUGGACAAUGAUAAUGUGGAAGUGCCGGAUGAUGGACCACCAAGUUUGAUGGGCUUAAAGGAGGAAGGUCAAAGAGAUAUUUCUCACCGAUCUUUUGCUGUUAACGUUGGUUCUGAAGGUAGAAAUUCUGAAGUGCUCGAGACGCUCAAACAAGUGAUCCCUUCUGAUCUUUUAGCUAUUGUAGCUAAGUUAAUAGGAGAAGUGGAGGGAUUGAAGAGAUCUAAGUUGGAACAAGACCUGAAAACGAUGUUUCUGGAGAGCUCUAAGUUGGAACAAGACCAAAAAAUCAUGUUUCUGGAGAGGUCUAAGUUGGAACAAUACCUGAAAGUCAUGUCUCUAGAGCAAGAGGUGGUAUUUUCUACUUUGUCUGACCUAAUGUUUUUUGUGUUGCUGGUUCAUUUUAAAUUGGGACUUCGAGAACCGAUGGACAUGCAUAAGAGAUUGCUUCUGCAAGAUAUUCAUGAUUCUGUGGUCAUUGUGGGAGGAUUUGAUGGUUCUUCAUGGCUUCCAUCCUUGGAUUCCUACUUUCCUUUGCACGAUCGUGUGGAAACACUUAGACCAAUGGCAUUUUCAAGGUCUCAUGCGUCGGCAGUGAAAUUAAAUGGCGAAGUUUUUGUACUUGGUGGGGUACAUAAUGAUGUGUGGUUGGAUACAGUUGAAUCGUACAAUCCAUUGAGAAAUCAAUGGAUGCCACAACCUUCAAUCAAUGAGAAGAGGGGAUGCUUAGCGGGAGCUUCUUUGAAUGAUAAAAUUUUUGCUUUUGGCGGUGGAAAUGGUGAUCAGUGUUUCUCAGAAGUGGAAAUGUUUGAUUUGAACAUUGGAAAUUGGAUCUCUGCUCAGUCAAUGAUGCAAAAGCGGUUUGCUUCAGCAGCAGUAAAUAUCAAUGGUGCUGCUGGUGGUUAUGAUGGGAAAGCUUAUAUGAAAUCUGUUGAAAGAUUUGACCCGAGAGAACCUACAUGGACUACAGUUGGAAGCAUGACAACGAGGAGGGGAUGCCACUCGUUGGUUGCCUAUAAUGAGAAGUUAUAUGCAUUGGGUGGUUAUGAUGGAGAGAACAUGAUUUUGUCUGUUGAGAUACUAGAUCCACGAUUUGGUUCAUGGGUGAUGGGAGGGGAGAUGAACAGUCCCAGGGGUUACUCUGGAGCAGUUGUGAUAGGAGGAAAAAUAUUUGUAAUUGGCGGAGUAAACGAUCAAGAGGAAAAUCUAGAUAUGAUCGAAUACUAUGAAGAUGGCCAUGGUUGGAAGAUGACUGACACGAGGACUUUAGGGAAGAGAUGUUUCUUCUAUGCCGUCGUCUUGUGAGUUUGGGGAAAAACAUCUUAACAUUUUGGUGCUGAUACAUGUAUUGUCAUAUAGUAUGACAGGGUAAUGGCUUCACUGCACAUAUUGGUGAUCCAGAACUGUAAAUGAUUAGUAUAUAGAACUAGUUAUAUGCACACUGGUGCACAAGUAAUGCUAUUGUCAUGUGUGACUGUUUAACUCCAUGCUUUUGCCACUUGACUGAAGUUCUGAUAUACAAUAUGCUACAUGCAGUCUGUUUUGGUGAAACAUAGAAUGAUCUUUCCAUAUUUGAGAA